AUGAAAGGGUCUGCUAGCAGCAGUCUCCUGUGGUGUUUGGGGCUCCUCCUUGUUACGGAUAUCUGGCAUCGGGCAGAGUGUUUUGUCAACUCGCCAAAAAUCAUCAGCAAAGAUGGCAAUCUUAUUUUCGAGUCUGGUGCCAAUCGCAACAUCAGCUUCCGGCUGACCGGGACCUCCCGCCUGACCAUCAAUGAGGAGUACGAUGUCCUGGAUUUGCUGCUGGCCACCGGCGGCGGUUCAAAGAAACGAUCCGGCGGCGGAGCCAAGGAUGAGUGGAGCAGCUCCGAGGAUAUUGUGGAUGUCAGGGAGCUGGCCGAUCAACUAGCAGAUUUUCAGAGACGGGCAUUUGGACCCAAUGGCUUGAACGUGAUGCUGCGUCAACAGCAGAACAGAACCCGAGGAUCACUGGCUCUGAUGCGACGCUUCCAGACGCGACUCCGUGCAGUGGAGAACAAGGUGGAUCGCAUGAAGACGCAGCUGGAGGCGAACGGCUGUGCGAGCGGCCCCUGCGAGAAUGGAGGCACCUGCUACAAUACCUAUAGUGGAUUCCGGUGUCAGUGUCGGCCAGCUUUUGAAGGCACCAAAUGUGAGGUGGACGUAAACGAGUGCGCCCUGUACGAGGGCACCGACCUGGGCUGCCAGAAUGGAGCCCAGUGCCAGAACCAGUUCGGAACAUACAGCUGCCUGUGCCAGCAGGGUUGGCAUGGGAUGCACUGCACCCAGCGGCGGGCCGACUGCUCACAGGCCAGUGCCUGGGAGCUCUGUGGCCACGGGUCCUGCGUGCCCAGCUCGGACGAUGCCGGCUAUCGGUGCAUCUGCGAUGCCGGCUGGAAGACCAACGGAUUGACACCCGUCUGUGGCGUGGAUGUGGACGAGUGCAAUGAGGCAUCAGCCGCCCACACACCCUGCUCCACCAAGUGCAUCAAUCUGCCAGGUAGCUUCACUUGCGCCCCCUGCGCCGCUGGUCUGACUGGGAACGGUGUUAGCUGCCGUGAUGUGGACGAGUGUCAGACAAACAACGGUGGCUGCAGCCUGAGUCCCCGCGUGGACUGUAUCAACACCUACGGAUCGCAUAUCUGCGGCCAGUGCCCGGUGGGCUGGACGGGCGAUGGCCACAAGUGUGAACGGGUGGGACAACCUGGCCAAAUCGAUGGAUCCGACUCGAAACCGGCCACCAUUGGCAACUGUGCCGACCGGAGCCUGUGCUAUCCGGGCGCCAGCUGCUAUGAGAUCUCCGGAACAGCCGUUUGUGCCUGCCCCACCGGCAUGGUGGGCUUUGGGAUUGGUCCGAGUGGCUGUAUUAAUGGCACGGCCAGAAAUUGUCAGAGUAAUCCAUGCAAGAACAAUGGCAUCUGCGUGGACUCUGGACCCUCGAACUACACCUGUAUGUGCCGUCGUGGCUUCCGUCCGCCAAAUUGCGAGCCAUUGCCCAGUCCGUGCGAUAUCAAUCCCUGCAAGAACGGCGGCAGCUGCCGGCCCACAACUGCCCAGGGCGGCGAUGGCUUCGUUUGCCAGUGUCUGCCGGGCUACAGGGAUCGACUCUGCUCGACACGAUUUAGCAGUUGCAAUGCCCUGCUGGUGGCCGCCAGCGGUCGCCUCAAGUAUCCGCCGGAGGGCACUGGCUACGAGCAUAAUGCCCAGUGCGCCUGGGUCAUACGGACAAACGAGUCGCUGGUGUUGAACGUAACCUUCCACAGCUUCGACUUGGAGGAUGCCACGGAGUGCCGCUUCGACUGGCUGCAACUGAACGAUGGACGUUCGGCGGCCGCCCAAAUUAUUGGACGCUAUUGUGGCAACCACCUGCCGCAUGGCGGCAAUAUCAUCUCCUCCGGCAACCAGCUGUAUCUGUGGUUCCGUUCCGAUAACUCAACGGCCAAGGAGGGCUUCGACCUCACCUGGACCUCAAUGCAGCCGCGAUGCGGAGGCAAGUUGGAGUUCGAGACACAUGGAACGCUGGCCUCUCCAGGAUCACCGGGUAAUUAUCCUAAGAAUCGUGACUGCCGCUGGACUUUGGUGGCGCCGAUCGACAAGCGCAUCAAGCUCACCUUCUUCAGUCUCCAGCUGGAGCGCCACGACAAUUGCAACUUUGAUUAUGUCCAGAUCAAGGACACCAUAUCGGGCCGAGAGUUGGCCAAAUAUUGCAGCAGCGGUCAGCCGGCGCCGCUUCUACUUCCCACCCAUCAGGCGGAGAUUCUCUUCCACUCGGAUGCGGAUGGCAGCGAUACAGGCUUUCAGCUGCACUACUCCGUGGAGGAGAGGAUACCGGGCUGCGGCGGCGUCUUUACCGCCCGCGAAGGUACUAUUUCCGGGGCCAGUGGAUCAGGUGUAAAUGCAGGAACUGACACCGAGUCGCAGGGUAUCGCUAUGGGCGAUCCCGUCUCCUGUGAGUACGAAAUCCGUUCUGGCUUGGGCGAACUGAUUGCUAUUCAAAUGGAGCAUCUGGAGCUUGGACCGCAGGACUGCUUGGAAGUGCUGGAUGUCACGGAUGAUAAUGUGAGCGCUUUGCAGGCCAAGAUCUGCGGUUCGGAUGCGGCGCGGUCCAAUCCGCCGGCAUACACCUCGCUGUACAACCGCCUCAAGAUCAAGUUCUACGCCAGCGCGGGUCUCUUCCGACUGCGCUACCACGCAGCCUGCUCCUUCACCUUCGACAGUCCUGAGGGAACACUGAUGUCGACUGGCUACCCCGACAUGGCCAAAGGGGAUCGCUCCUGCUCUUACACGAUCAGAACGGCCCCGAACACGGUGAUCAGCGUGAGGAAGAUCGACUUUCAGCUGAAGAACGGUGAUGAUGACGGCGACGAUGAGGACUGUCUGACCACCAGUCUGAGGAUCAACGACGGCAUCAAUCGACAGAUCCUUGGACCCUACUGCGGCAACAAACAGCCACCGGAGGAGUUCCUUAGCAAGACGAACUACCUGCAGUACCAACUGACCACCGAUGCGGACACGCAGGGUCGUGGCUUUAAGUUUGAGUACCGGGCGGUACCCGUUGCCGAUGACAAGUGCGGCGGCGUCCACACCCGACCGGGAGACAACAUUCGGCUGCCGGUGAAUGAGGGCGAGUAUGCCAACGAUGUCACCUGCUACUGGGUAAUUAUGGCACCGCCAAACAAGGUCAUUCGCCUGCACUGGAUCAGCUUCCAUUUGGAGAGUUCCAUGGACUGCAGUUUCGAUUAUGUGGAGAUCUUUGACCGCCUGGAUGCGCAGCUGGGUAGCUCAGAAGCAAAACCUUUGGCCAAGUACUGUAGCGACCGCCAGCCGGAGGAUCUGCUGAGCCACUCGCGCCAAUUGGUCAUCAAGUUUACUUCGGACUACAGCGAAUCGGACGGCGGCUUCGAGUUGUCAUACACCUUCGAGGAUAUGGGUCAGUGUGGCGGUCAUAUUCACGCCUCUGCCGGCGAGCUAAGCUCCCCGGGCUAUCCCAUGAACUACUCCAAUGGCUUGGACUGCAACUGGCGCCUGACGGGGACCCUCGACCAUCUACUAGAGAUUCAGGUGGAGGUCUUUGACCUGGAGCUGUCGGCCAACUGCUCGGCGGACUAUCUGGAGGUGAUGAACGGUGGCGGCACUGACUCCCCGCUGAUCGGACGCUUUUGCGGUACAACCAUACCCACACGCAUCCCCAGCUUCAGUCAUGAGUUGACGCUGCGCCUCCACACAGACGCGGCAAACAGUGGCCGCGGGUUCCGUCUGCGCUGGCGCAUUUUUGGUUCCGGCUGCGGCGGGCGCCUUCGGGCCAAUGCGGGAGUCAUCGCUUCGCCCAGAUACCCGAACAACUAUCCGCACAUGGCGCACUGCGAGUGGCACCUGACCGUCCACCAGGGAUCUGGCAUUACCCUACUUAUCGAGGACAUGGAGCUGGAGUCGCUGAGUGACUGCUACUACGACAACGUCAAGAUCUACAGCGGGCUCUGGCUGACGGGUCAGAAGCCAGAUCGCACGCUCUGCCAGAUGCCGACCUCACGGGUGAUCCAGGUGGACUCCAACGAAGCCACCAUCGUUUUCGAUUCGGAUUCGAGCAACGCUAUGCGUGGAUUCCGCAUCUCCUACAUCGCAAACUGUGUCCGGAAUCUGACCGCCACCUCGGGCACUAUCGAGAGCCUCAAUUACAUGGAACCCUUCACUGAGGACAUGCCCAUCAAUUGCAGUUGGAGGAUCCAAGCGCCCAAGGGAAACUCCAUUCGCUUGGAGGUGUCGCAUAUGCAGCGGCAUGAGGAGCAUCUGCCCACCGCCCUGGUAGACGGUCUGUAUAUCGUAGAUGGCAAGAACACCCAAACCCUGUUGGCCCCGAAGGCUCUGAACGCCAGUGGCGAGGUAAUUACCGUCGUCCACAACGCCAGCACCCUAAGCUUCCUGAUGGACUAUCGCGUCGUGGGCUGCCUGGAGGAGCUGCGCGGUGAAAGCGGCUCAUUCCAUUCACCGAACUACCCCGGCAUGUAUCCCAACAAUAUGGAAUGCUAUUGGCUAAUCAACGUCGAGCGGGACCACGUCAUUAAGCUGACCAUUACGGAUAUGGAUCUGGAGGAGAGCGUCAACUGUACCAAGGAUGCACUGACGGUGUCUAAUCACGUUAGCGAAGUUCAGGUUCACGAACGUCACUGUGGUUCCAACAAGAAGCUGAUCCUCACGAGCUCUGGAAACAAGAUGCACGUGCGCUUCAUCUCGGAUGGUUCUCACAAUGGCCAGGGCUUUCAGGCCAAAUAUAUAAUUAUGAAAACGACAUGCGGUGGCACAAUCUCGACCAGAAACGGUGUCAUCCAGUCACCCAAUUAUCCGGGCAACUAUCCGGAGGGAAGCCACUGCGAGUGGCAGGUGGAAGUGUCCAAGCAUCAUCGCAUCGUGUUCGAAGUGCAGGAUUUGGAUCUAGAGGCGGGCUACAGCUGCUCCUGGGACUAUCUGGAGGCGUUCGAAGUAAACGAAGAUGAAACUGAGAACCGGCAGCUAUUCAAGAUCUGCGAUGAGAAUGAAGACGAUUAUCGCUCCUCCGUAAUGUCCACCACGAAUUUGGCUUUAGUGCGCUUUGUCAGUGAUGAUUCGGUGUCUAGGAAGGGAUUCAGACUGCGCUUUCACGAGUCCUGCGGCCAAACGAUGUCCAUCGAUGACACGGACUUUGAGUACAUCCAGAUGGGACGCCAGGCGUCACGCAACGAGAGCUGCCUGUGGGUGCUCCAAGCCCAGGAGCCCAGCAAGCACAUCAUCUUAACGAUCACGCAUAUCAAGCUAAGAGAGGAGGCAAGCAGCAAAUAUCCCACGGAGGGCGACUGCAUGCCCGAUGGCGUUCAGAUAUACGAGGGAACAGAGGUCAAGGGUACACCUCGCCUCCGAUUCUGCGGCUCGCAUCCGCCGGCCCUGAUCUCCAACGGUCAGGCACUGACCAUUAGUGUACCCCUGCUGCUUGUGGAGGAAUUCGAGGGCCACUACAUGACCAUGGACACGGUCUGUGGCAGUUAUUACAACGCUUUAUCCGGACGUUUCAGUACCCCGUACUAUCCAUCCUCGUAUCCGGUGAAUAUUGAAUGCACAUGGGUGCUGGAGGCCAAUGUGGGCAACUCCCUCAGUGUCACCCUUGAGUCAAUGGAUCUAGAGGAAUCGGAGGGCUGCAACCGAGACUAUCUGGAGGUGCGCGACGAAUCGGAGAGCGGCAAACUGAUUGGAGUGUAUUGUGGUAACCAGUUGCCGGGCACCAUACAUUCGCGUGGCUCCGUCUGGAUGACCUUCAAGAGCGAUGAUGACAAUGUGGGCGAGGGCUUUAUGGUCUCGUACAGUUACGAACAUCACAACGAGCUGAAUGGCACGGACGGCAUAGUGGAAUCGCCGCACUACCCCAGCCAGUUCAAGGACCUACAGCAUCCAUACAGCUGGCGCAUAACCGUAGACAAGGAUUACGUAGUGGUGCUAUCGAUUCUUCACCUCCGCGAUGUGGACCAGGCCCAUAUACAAUUCUACGAUGGCUAUUCGGACAUUGGGGCACGCAUCGAAGUCACAGAUCUGGAUGAGCCCGUCAGGUCUAGCUCGAACGUGCUGUACUUCACGGCCAGUCGGGGUCCCUUCCGUCUGAGUUGGGAGCGGCUGUCCAAGGAUGAUCUGCUCUCGAACCGCACAGCGGAGGCGCAGAUGCGACUCUGUGGCAACGAACUGAUUGCCGUUGGUCAGUGGGCGAUCCCCUUCCACUCUCCGGGCUAUCCCGAGGGCUACGAUAACGGCCUGAAGUGUUCGUGGAGCCUGGUUGCAUCUGAUCCGGCCAUGCAUACGGUGCUUUCGCUAUCCCGAGUGGACCUGGAGGUGUUUGGCGGCGAAAACGAGUGCAUUGCCGACUACAUUCAAGUCUCCAGCGGCAGUGAUCUGCAGCACUGGUCGGAGAUGAGUAAGCUCUGCUCGCUGCGCAACGAGACCAGUGGGUUAACUUUCCACGGCAAGCCCCAUCUCCGGCUGGAGUUUAUCACGGACGGUAGCAUCAAUCAGACGGGCUUUAAUGGUCUGCUGCGGACGGCCUGCGGCUCGGAGAUUGUCUCGGCUAAGGGACAGGUCAACAUCACGGAUGUGGUGAGGCGCAGUUUAGUGCGAUCGAAUGAGUGCGUGUGGACCCUGAAGGUGCGCCAAGGCAAACGGAUCAAGAUCGAUUUCCCUCAGUCCCAGUUGCAGAACAGCAAUCUAGCCGGAUCCUCAUCCGGCUCCACGGGUUGUGACAACUUCCUGGUCCUGCGCAACGGCCACGACGAGGAUUCGCCCUUCUUGGGUCACGGCAAGUACUGCGAGGACAACAUCCAGGACACCCUGGAGACCACCUCGAACAGGGCCUAUGUGAAGUUCCGCUUCUGGGGUACGCCCCGCUUCCUCGUCACCUUCCGCUUCGAGGAACUCUCGCACGCCUGCUCCCGGCGCAUCGAUCUUAAAACGGCCACGGACGAGGAGCUGAUCAGUUCACCCUACUACCCCAAUCUCCCGCAUCCACACUCCGAGUGCGUGUGGAUUGUGACGGCGCCGCCGCAGCACCGCAUUAUGUUGCAUUUCCGCGGCAAGUUUGAUCUGACGGCGGCCUCUGAGGAGUCCGGCGAAUGCCAGCAGGAGUACGUGACGGUGAUCGAUGGCAGUACAGAGCUAAGGCCGGAGCUGGGACGCUUCUGCGGCCAACGCAGUCCGGACACUAUCUACUCCUCGGGUAGCCAGCUGCGAAUCCAUUACUACACGGACGUCACCGAGCCGCACAUUGGCUUCCAGGCCAGCCUAAAGCUGGCCCGCUGCGGUGGCACCUACCACAGUCCCGAGGGUGUGAUUGUCUCGCCACCGCGGGACCUACUGCAGAUACACCGCGAGGAGGGUGGUCAGCAGUUGGAGGAGUGUGUGUACACCAUUGAACUGGAGAAGGGCAACACCAUCGAGCUGCAUACCGAGUUCAUUAAGCUGCCGGCGGCGGUGAACGGUAACUGCUCCCAGCACAGCCAUCUGCUGCUGGAGGAGAUGGAGGCCUAUGGAAUGGACGGCGAUGAGCACAUCUCGGACAGACUCAUGUUGUGCGGUUCCGAGAACCACAAUCUGAUCGGAGAGACUAACAAGAUUGUGUUUCGAUACCGCCUCCUGGACGGCAUGCCAUCCGAGGAUCAGGGCUUCCGCAUCGUCUAUGGCUCGGUGGGAUCCCGGUGCGGUGAAACGAUUAUUGCCAUGCAGGGCGUCCUCCAGACUCCCGGCUAUCCCGAUGGCGUGCGCUCUCCGACGUUGUGCGUCUGGAAACUGGAAGUGCCCAAGGGACGGCGCGUGCGUCUUGAGAUUGUUGACUUCAAUACGGGCGCAAGCAAUGCAACCAGAGUUGGAGGCGUAAUGAUGAACUCAUUCCGCGGCCGCCUCACCAUUGCCAACGAUCACAAAAUGCAGUCGAUUCUGGGCCGUUACACCAGCAAUCCUCCGGAAUCGGUCAUCUCCUCGGAUAAUACGAUGGGCAUCGAUACCUUCCUGUUGCCCAUCAACCGGCACCGUGGCUUCCGCUUCCGGUUCUCAGCGUACGGCACCAGCCUGUGCCAGAGCCUUCAGGUCGAGGAGAAUGUCACCAAGCAGAUGACCUUCGAGCGUACGAAUAUCACCAGUCUGGUCCACUGCAGCUACGACAUCGAGCCACCAGUCAAUAGCACUGUUCUCAUUCUGGUAAAGGAGUACAACACCAGCUCGGUGAUGAUGCGGAACACCCACCUCUGCUCCCUGCUCUCGCCGCUUAAGCUGAACCGCCUGGCCAAAUCGGAGGCCUUUUUGCCGCGCCUCCUCUGCGACUUCGAGUCGAAGCCACAACGUCCCGCCAUCCGUGUGCCCUUCCCCAUUCAACUGACGGUGUCGGCCGGCGCACGGAAUUCCCUGACGAAUCUCGUCCUCGAAUACAGUAUGCAGGCCUGUGGCGGUGUCCACAGUCUCGAGCCCGGUGACAAUAUGACAGUGCGCCAGCCCUCGGGAAUGGAGGGCAUCCAGGGAGCCAUCGAUUGUGCCUGGGCCAUCGGCUCGUAUGCGGAUGCAGGUGAUGAUGAUUCGUCGCUGCAGGAUAUCCAACUAGAGGUGUCACUAAGGGUCAACCUGCCGACGCCAGCCGUGGUUCAGGGAUCGACAGAAGUACGGUGUCAGCAUCAUUACCUAACGGUCUACAAUGGCCCCGACCAGAACUCCCCCAAGCUGGGCGAAUACUGCCAGGAGGAUGUCGCCGUAAAUAUGGUCGUGGAGCGGGGGCUGUUCCUCGAGUACCAUGCCGACCAUUUCACCCCAAAUGCCACCUUCAAUGUGUCCAUUAAGUACGGUUCCGGAUGCGGCGGCCGGCUAAAGCAUCCAUAUCGCAGCAUUGAGUUCUACGAGCAGUACAAGAACAACGUCGAGUGCAUCUGGGAAGUGGAGGCUGAGGCGGGAUACCACAUUGGCCUGUCCUUCCUCAAUCGUUUCUUCAUCGAGGACAGUCCCGGGUGCACCAAGGACUAUCUGCUGGUGCAGCAACGCGACGAUGCGAACGGCAACUGGACCGAUUUGAGGCGAAUAUGCGGUCGCUCUGCCCCGGAUCAGAUCAACUCGACGGCACGCUUCAUGCAGCUGAUCUUCCGCUCCGACGGCGACACUGUCGGCCAUGGCUUCUUUGCCAAGUUCGAUCGGAACUGCGGCGGUCCGCUUUACGCCGACGACGAGGAACAGAUGCUCUCCAGUCCAAACUAUCCGUUGGGCUACGAUAAGGGCUUAUAUUGCAACUGGACGAUAGUGCCCAGGAAUCCGGAGGCUGCACGCGGUGUCCUGGUCAGCUUCGUGGAGUUCGAUCUGGAGCAUUCGCCCAUGGUGCAGUGCCUGUUCGAUAAUCUCACUGUGAUCACCCGGGACGACAAGGAUCGCGUCAACGAGGUGGUCCUCUGCGGCGUCAAGCAGAACCAUGAAUACAGGGCAUUGCAGUCCAUCAACCUGGUUUUGAGGUCGGACAAUAGCUUCGCCGGCCGGGGAUUCCUGCUGCGGUACAGCACCCGACUCUGCGGCGGCGUGGUGAGCAGAACGGGCGUGGUGGAGUCACCGCGCCAGCACACGGAUAACUCCCUGCCGCCCAGCAGCGAUUGCUAUUGGAAUCUGACGGCGCCGGAGGGUCACAAGUUGACGGUGAAAUUCCAGCUGCUGGACUUUGAGCCGCACACGAAUUGCGCCUACGAUGGCGUGGAGGUCUUCGCCGGCGCAGUGCCCCUGGAACGGGAGCGCCGUGGUCGCUUCUGCGGCAGGAUCAACGAGGAUCUGCCGGUAAUCAGUAUACCACAAAAUCGAGGCCUCAUCCACAGUUACUCCGAUGACCGUGAUCCAUCACGCGGCUUCCGGGCCCUGGUUCGCAUCGUGCCCAAUUGCGAUGAGCAGAUACUGAUUAAUGGCACCACAAGGUACAUCUUCACCAAGUUCAGCAAGGCCAAUGGCUACGAUCCCAAUCUGGAUUGCCAGGUGGUGUUCCGCGUGCAGCGGGAUCAGCAGAUCAGGCUGGAGUUCCGCAGUUUUCAUGUGGAGCUUUCCACGGACUGCCGCAAGGACUAUGUAGAGCUGCGCGAUGGGGCUGGACCCUUUGCCGAUAUAAUUGGACGCUUCUGUGGCCAGGAUGAGCCGCCAAUGCUGACCACCACACGGCAUACGCUCUUCCUGCGCUUCGUUACCGACGACCAAGUAAAUGACUCCGGCUUUGAGGUGGCCAUUAGCCCCAUUCCCCGGCUGUGCGGCAGCCCGGAGGUCAGGCUAGCGUCCGAUGGAGUCAAAACGUUCCACCUGAACUCACCGUCGCGGGAGCCCGGCGGCAACUAUGGCAACGGCGUCGCCUGCUUCUGGAAAUUUGUCGGUGACAAGCCUCUGAGCCUGCACUUCUCCAGUUUCGAUUUGGAGGGGCCCAAUGCCAAUGGCAGCUGUGUGGCCGACUACCUCAAGGUGUACAACAGCGAGGACGCACAAUUGGUGGAGCGUGGCUUUGGCAGCGAGCUGAUCUUCAAUGGCCACACCUCCGCCCACAACUACAUCAACUAUGCCACGGAGCACGUGUACUGCGGAAACGUCAAGCCGGAUACGUACUAUGCCAACUCCAAUGAGAUCUACAUCAAGUUCCGAUCGAACAGCAUGGUGACCCGGCCGGGUUUCGUACUCCAAAUCAUGCUGGCCAGCAACUGUGAGCGCCAUUACGACGGAUUGCAGGGCAGGGUUCGUGUAUCGGAGACCUCCGACUGCGACAUCAUGAUCCAGGCUCCGGUGAACCACACCCUCAGCUUGUAUUACACGGAGCUGAUCUUCAGUUCCUAUGACUGCGAUGUGGAGCAUUUGGAGGUCUACGACAAGACCAAUCGAACCCUUCAACGUGUCUGCGCCUAUGUGGAUGUGGGCAAGAGCCUGUUCACCUAUACGGAUCAGCUAAGGCUGCAUGUUACGACCGGCAGCUACCUGAGCUCCCUGGAUCUUACCUAUCUGGCCAGUCCUGUGGAAAAGGAACCCGGAUGCGGCGGUCAGUUUUACAACACCGAGGGUGUCUUUGCCAAUCCCUUCUAUCCGGCCAAUGUCCGGAAUAACUCCGACUGCCGAUGGACUGUCCGGGUGCCGAGCAACAAUAAAGUGCUGCUCACCUUCGAGGCCUUCAAUCUGGGUAGCAAGAGCACCUGCCAUACGGAUUACCUGCAGAUACUGGAACAGGACGAUGCCGGGGAGGAACGCGAGGUGCGACGCUUUUGCGGCGAGGACAACCCAAAGGUCUACAAGAGCCCCCGUAGCCAGGUGGUGAUACGCUUCCACAAGACGGUCAAUUAUGAUGGAGUGGGCUGGGUGAUCCGGUUUGCUGGUGUCUACUCCAACUACCAAAUACCUAGAUAUCUAUUGGGCGCCCUCUAAGAUGUUUUCCUCCCUCCAUUUACCCUGCCUUGUAUUUCAAUCUAUUCCUGCAUAAUUCCUUUUUGUUAUAUAUAAAUAAAUUCUGUCUGCAAAUUAA